AUGAAGACACUCUUUGCUCUAUUCUUUACCAUUCUGGCUGUCACAGCUAGUGUGUGUACUAAUGAAGCCCAAGAGAUCGGCUCAUCGCUUUCUGGAAGUUUUGAGUUGUCUGGGUAUACUCAAAACUAUUUUAGAGAAAUAUUAGAAGAUCAAAACAGGAAUUUACUCUAUUUUAUUGGCUUUUUCCGGAACACCACUACUCCAUGGGAUACUAUCAUUUAUAAAUCAGACCAUAACUUGGCUAAACUCAAAGUGAAGACCUACGAUAUCUACUGUUUGGUCAUCUCAUAUGCAAUUGAUCCAAGUGGAGACUUCAUCUAUGUUCAUGACCAAACUCCCGAUGUGAUAGUAGAGAUUAGGGCCACUGAUCUGGAAGUAUCAAGAUAUCUUUCUAUUAGUGGUUCAGGAGUUAACAACAAUUGAAUAAUGAGGAUAACAGAUAAUUUCUACUUCAGCCUCAAAAUAGGCUCAGUGAUGGAAACUUGUAGGUGGGAUAAAUCAUCUACUAAUCUUGACUGAUUUAAUUUUGGAAUUAACAGUGAGACUAACUUUGCACCUAUCAGUGAAGAUCUCCUCUUUUUUGGCUCUACAGAUUCAGUAGAUGAUCAAUAUUAUUUAGUGAAUUAUAAUUUCUCAGAUCCUCUCAACCUGGUUUGGAAAUAAAAGCAUUGCUUGUCCAACUUCAGGGUGAGCCAAUAAAGCCAGUAAUUCAAUUCUAAGUCAUGACAAAGGAUGGAUCUACACGAUGAUUCUCUACGAUGAUAAUUUCAUUUUUCUUAAGCUAAAUGUAGUUGAUGGGAACCUUCAAAAUUCUGGCCUUAUUUUGAAUGACAGUGGAUUCGGAAGUAGCUAUUCAAUGAAGGAGUUUAACAAGUUUUUUGCUGUUCAGAUUUUCAGUUCAUCAUUCUCAAAUAAUAAAAGACUAAUCUUAAUAAACUCUACAGACACUGGAAUAACUAAGGAAUAUAAAUCAGUAGACUCGAAUUCUUAUGCUGUUGGAAGGUUAUUAUACAAAGGUGAAGAAUUGAUGUACCAUUCUGGAAGAGUUCAUACAAAUUAUGAGCUUUUUGCUGCAAGAUCACCAACUUACAAUAUUGAUCAACUCAGAGAGUUUGAAGAAGAUGCUCCUCUUUUUACCCCCAUCACAUCGAGCUAUCAAGCAUCUUCAACUACUUCUAACCCUAGUAUUACUUCUAGUACGAAGUUACUUGAUAUUGAAACCUCACCAUCAAUUACAUCUAAUGACUUAACUGCUUUAACCAAUCCUUCCUUCUCUAUUUACGUGGCUCUGUGGAACCAAGAUUUUAUUCAGGCUGUCCAGAGCAAUACAUCUGUGCAAUUGGAAUUCAUCUGGGCUUGAGCUCAGUCAGUGAAUUAUACAGAUAUUAGCUUCGGCCUGGCUCAGACUGGAUCAAAUGAGAUUCCUGAUUGGGUAAUGUUAGACACAAGUAAUCAAGAAUUGUAUCUGAACAAAACUCCCAAGCUCGAACAAGCAACCACUUUCCACUUCUCACUCCAGAUCUCAUUCGGCAGUGAGCAGCAUUAUAAACAGUUCAAGAUCACAGUUGAAGAGUGAACUAUUACUAAUUGAGAUGUCUGACAGCUGGGGAGUCCCAGUCUUUGUGAAACUUGAAUGGCUGGCUAUCAAGCAUCCAACGGUCAGAAGUCUUGUUCCAAAAUAACUGCUAUGGCUGGAGCAACUGAGGCUGCGGCUGCUAUGAUGACAUCAAGUGUUGUGCUAGCAAGUGCUUCUUCUAUCUUGUCACUAUCGUCUAUAAAUUCAAUAUUUAGCAUCAUGAACAGUAUGCAGCUGGGAAUAUUAUUACCUCUGGUGCCAGACUACUUUUCACCCAAAGUGUUGGCUUUUCUUAGUGGGAUGGGCUUCACAAUGUUCUCAUUUGGCUUCAUCAAAUUUAAAGACUUACCGUUUGUUGAAGCCAUUUCGAACUGGGUGUCAUACCCUCAGUCUGACGAGUACCUGAACAGCCUCGGACUCAGGUCAGGCAGCUCAUUCGUUAACUAUUUAUCUCUGAUGGCCAUUAUUGUGCUUGUUGGUAUAACUCAUUUAGGAGUGGCUGUGUGAAAUGGAUGGGCAGAGAAUUCCAAAAGCCCAAAGUGAAAACAGUUCAUGAAGAAACUAUUCAAUUUCUUCACAUUCAAUAUUUACAUUCGAAUAUUCAUACAGGCGUUCUCAUUUACAACUCUAUCAAUACUUUCUGAGAUAUACAACCUCAACCUCAGCACAACUGUGACCAAAGUAUCUUUCGGACUCUGAGUAUUGUUCGGGGUGUGAACAAGCGUACUUUUUAUUCUGUCAUUCUACAUGUACAUAAAGUCUUUUCCUCAACUCGACCAAGACAAGUACUGGUGAUGAGUAGAAUAUUUCAAUGGAGUAAAACCAACAAAAUACUCCAAACUGUACUCCAGCCUGUUCAUGACAACUAGGCUAGUGCUAUCAUCACUAUUGAUCCUUGGGGAGGCUGCACCUUCAUCAGAUAAAUCCACUAUAUUCUAUCUGAUAAAUAUUGCAUAUGGGUUGUACUUGAUCAUCAUCAGGCCAUUUGAGAAUCCUCAAGAUAGCAUUAUUGAAAUCAUCAACCAGAUACUAUUUUGCUGUUUAGCUGUGCCAUUGUCAUGGCUGAAUACAGAGCAUGACUGGACUCCAUUCUAUGAGUCCUAUUAUACCACAAUAUUCAUGGUGUCUCCGGGAAUAUGCAGCAUUAUAUGCAUAGCGUUCUUAAUAAAGUCAAUUAUCAUUUACUUUGUAAGAAGAAAAGCAAGUAGGCAGAAGCAAAACAUUCAGCCAAAGAAGCCUUCUUGAGAAAAACGAAGAUCUCAUGGUCAAGAAGAACCAGAAAAUAGUGUUACUCCAUCAAUGAUGAGAUCCUCAUCAAAUAUAAGUUGAAGCAAUGCGUCAAUGAUGCCUGCUCAAAACAAGACAAGCAAGAAGACCCCAGCUCAAUCAAGCAUAAUUAGCAUGAAUCUUUCUCGAUAGAUUGGGAAACCUGAGAGAUAUUAAUUAUAAUUAUUAAUUAUUAAUAU